UAUUUUGUGGAGUUUAAAAAUACCAUUGCAUACAAUUUUAUUUAAAGUGGCUGCUUCACGAUUAAAUGAUAUCACUAUAAGCGCAGUGGUGGGAACACAAAAAGGGCAGAUUUUUGCUUGGUUAGCAUUUAUUUUAUGAGGUUAUAAAUUGUUUAACUGAUGCAAAGUACAACACAGGAGGGAGGUGUGAGCAGCUGAGCAGAGGGAGACGAGUGAAUGUUCUUGGAGCAGAUAGAAUGACAGUUGUACUAACAUAUAAGAGUCUGCUAGUUAUGGUUACUGUAUUUUGUCUUCUCUUAAGCCUGAUUUACAAUCAAAAAACAAAAAAGUGUAUUACAACAGAGACACAUUCAUCUAAAGUCAACAAAAUAGAAAAAUUAUCAGAAAUUCAGAAGCUGAUCAAUGAGAUAUUCAAUCAUAUAGAUCAGAAGAUGCCUAAAGUGACUUUUUCCCAUAUCGACAACACGACAAGUGCCAUAAAGAGCAAAAUGUUCAUAAAAAGCCCCAAAGAAAAGUAUUGUGUUGGAGAAGAAUUAAUAGUACAAUUUGAUGCAUAUGAUCAUUUAGGCCAAAAGAAAGCCUAUGGAGGAGAUUAUCUGAGAGCAAUAAUUUCCAAUCCUGAUAUACAAGCAAGAUCUUCUGGAAGAAUUGAAGACUUUAAAAAUGGAACAUAUCAUGUUCAUUUCACCUUAUUUUGGGAAGGUAAAGUAGGGGUAACAUUGUUUCUAAUGCACCCAAGUGAAGCCGUUUCAGCCCUGUGGAAGUCACGAAAUAGCUGGUAUGGUAAUGUUGGCUACUUGUGCAAAUUCACGAGUCCAGGCAAACAAGUAGAAACCAAAUGUGGCUUCAAUCUCAGUAAAGAAGAAGAACUGUGUGAGUAUAUAGAUGAGAGAGAUGAGGAAUACUUCUACUCUAUCAGACCUCAGAAUUUCAGUUGUGAUUCAUUGACAGAAUUCAAAAACUGGAAGACACAGGCUACCCAACUAUCUCCACUGGAAAACAGUCUGCUUGUCAGAUCAAAUGUCAGAUUGGAAAUUCCACAGCAAAUUCCUGAGAUUUAUGUAUCUCGGUGUCAGAAUUCAGGUUUAGAGACAAAAGAGAAAUGCAAAACGGGAGUGAAAUUAGAAUACCCCAGUGGAUAUGUUAUGAACAAUAUCUGGUACCCGAAGACUUGCAACAUGCAGACUUACCAUGAAGUAGAACAACUAAAUGGUUGCAUGAAGGGAAGGUUCUUCUAUUUGUUUGGGGACUCAACCAUGCAUCAGUGGAUACAUAUUUUUGAAACCAAGUUGCAAAACAUAAAAUUUCUCAAUGUCUAUGAAGGAGGAUGGUCACAAAAGCAUUUAGGUGUUGACACUGAAAGAAAUAUCCAUGUUCUUUGGAAACAUCAUGCAAAGCCAUUUAUUUUUCUUGGAUUCGCAUCCCUUACAGAGGAGCGCACUAUUACACGUGAAAUUGACUUAAUAGGUGGAAAUCAGUACACUGUUAUUGCUUUCAACAUUGGGGUGCAUUUUAGAUUAUUCCCUGUGCAUCACUACAUCAAGAGGCUGUACAAUAUCCGACGUGCCAUAGAGCGCCUGCUUCUGAGAAGCCCAGAAACAAAAGUUAUCAUCAAGACGGAGAAUACAAGUGAGAUGGCAAACGAAUAUGAAGGAAUGGGUGAUUUCCAUGCAUAUGUUCACUAUUUCAUUAUGGAAAUUAUCUUUAAAGACAUCAAUGUUGGUUUUAUAAAUGGUUGGGACAUGACUACUGCAUUCAAUUACAAUCAGAUUCAUCCUCCAGAACCAUAUGUGAGAAAUGAGCUCAACAUGCUCAUGACAUAUAUCUGUAGCUGACCUGUCAGAUAAAGAUUUGUCAUCGUUGUUUUAUUUUCCCAAUUUUGCAACAUACUAGAGGUGAAGUAGGAAUAUAAUUGCUACUGUGCCAUUUGAAAAAUCUGAAUGGAAUGCUGAAAAUAACUGGCACCCUUUUCUGCACAGCAUAUGUUCUUGUCUCAACCCAGCUUUAUGAUGUUAACUACAUUGAAUGGACACACCUAUCAUUUUCUAAUUGUUUUUUAGCAGUGGUAUGAGGGCUGCUUUACUAAAGGCAAAUCGACUGUUCACUUUGCAAGUGAAGUUGCACUUUGCAAGGGAAUUCGCUCCACAGCUUAGUGAAUGAGGUGAAGUUCUAAUGAUUUCCAUAAUCCAAUUGUUGAAAAGCAAAUAUGCUGUUUGUUUUAUUUACCUUGAACAUAAGUUGUGUAUUCUUGGCAAAGUGAAGCUUCAUCAUAUUCGCUAAGCUCUGGUGCAAGUGAAUAGCUUAUUUGCCUUUUACUAUAUCAAUACUAUAAUGCUAUUUAACCAUAGAUAAAUGUGAGUAAAUAUGAAUAAACCUUUACACACAUGUUGUGACUGAGGACAAUUCAGGGAAAAAGCAGAUUAGUGUGGAUCAUUUAUCUUUAUCUCUAGCCAAGAUGAAUUCAUAAGCGUAUGUAGCACUUGUGUAAUACCCCUUCAUUAUCAGGUCACUGCUGUGAUAAUUUGACAAUUAUACCAUCGUGCAAACACUGUACCCAAAUUAGUUUUAUUUACAUUUUUUUUUCAGACAGAUAGAACUUUCUUCUGGUGGUAUUUAAUAACUACUGGGUUUUAUAUUUUUUUUACUAUAUAAUGGAAAAAACUGUGGAAGUUAUUUUAUUUUAUUGAGGAUAUUUCCGCAUAUUUUGGAUCUGGGUUGGCUAUGGAGUGACGACCUAACUCUGGGAACUUCAAUGUCAUUGGAGCAUUUAAGAGAGCUUUAUAAUCAUAAGCUUUUAUGACCACUCCAAAAUCUGAGGGUCAUAGACAUCUGGUAAGAAGCUUGAAUCAAUGGUGGUCCCGAAUGCUGUUUAAUACCAAAUGGAAGCCAGUGCUGGGUUCUUCUGUCUAUUAUGUAAUUCAUUGCAUAUUGGUAUUUUUAUCUUGUUCAAGCACGAAUACAUUUUUUAUAUUACCAUAAAA